AUGAAACCGAUCAAUCCUACGGUCAAUGAAGACAGGCCUGCUCUACUUGGAAGUACUUCUUGGGAUGGAGCUGACGCAUACGAGGCGGGGGGUGAAUUCCACCAGCGAGCCACAGCAUUCUUUGCUGCGGUGAAAUGGGACCAGCUCGUGUCUCUCUCUUCAAGACUUCGCGGCGGCAUACCUUGCACCCUCGGGGAGAAGUUCUCUAUGGGUCACUCCAACAUGGUCCGGCGAAUCUUAUUCGAGGACGGUACUAGUUGGGUUGCUAGGCUUAGAUUACCACGGCUGAGAGCAGCCGUAGGUGGUCGCGAGACGCUCGACGAGGCUGAAACUCUAAAGGUAGAGGUUGCUAGCAUGAAGUUCUUACAAACCAAAACCUGUAUUCCCAUUCCGAAAAUCUACGGUUACAGCGUUGAUGCGAAAAAUGAAGUUGGCGCUCCCUACAUCCUGAUGGAUUACAUCAAUGGAAGCGUUGCGACGGAAUUGCGGAUGGCGAAAAAUUGCGACGUAGGCUUGUUCGGUACAUUCCACCAAGAUCGCAAGUUUCGAGAACAAAUGGCUAGGAUUCAGGUUACGCUGUCCUCGUUCGAAUUUGACCGGAUUGGAAGUCUCUAUCAGGACGAAAUUACAUCGGAAUUCUUCAUCGGGCCAGACGCAGAGACUGGGAAAGGGCCUUGGAUGUCUUCAAUGGACUAUUACGCUGACCUUGCCAGCCACGCGCUCCAAGAUUGUGUGGCUAAUGCAGGGGCUGAUGUCCAAACGAGCUGGUCUUUUGCAGUUCCCGUGCUCUUCAAGCACCUCAUCUCGUUGUAUGGCCACGACAUCACCAGUGAAGGCCCUUUCAAGCUGACGAAUCGUGAUUUCGGAGCCCACAACCUUCUCGUGAACAACGAUUUCGAAAUGAUUGGCGUUAUCGACUUGGAUGGAGUCCUGGCUGCGCCGAUUGACAUGGUCGCACAGUAUCCGCAGCUGUCAGGACUAGCGCGCGAGCCUCCCGGACAUAUUGAGACCAGACCACUUGCAAUUGAUCGCAUCGCGAGGACAACCCCAAAACUCGAAGAAUACAAAAACUUCGUGGAAACAACCGAAGCCCAAUUGGACCCCAAGGAGAAGGGAAAACCAACGAUUGCGAAUUUGUUAUUAUCAGACGCUGCGAGCAUAGUCCAAGGGCUCCUAUGUUAUGCGGGUCACCAAAAAUUCGUGAAUGAUAAGUGGAUGGAAGCAUAUUGCAAGCUCCUCCGCAAGAUUUCAUGUCCCCAAGACUCACGUUUAUGA